GUCUUGACAAUGUGGAUACCCAGCACUGGGACAUCAUGGAGGGAGUGGAGGUGAAGUCUGACAAGAUCCCCAAGCCGUCCCACACAUGGAAUGGAGAGAAGUUGCCAGACACUCCCUCACCUGCGUGGUUGCAUAGCCCGGCUGAUGAGGAGAAGAAGGGAGCGCCCCAGAUUCAGGAAGAGGUCCACGCCCUAGGCUUCUUCAUCCAGUAUUCGGAGAAAUGGCUUGAUGAUCUGCAGCACGUGCUGAAGGAGUCUGGGAUGGGAGAUGUUUUGGAGCACUUGGUGGUUUUUGGCCGCUUAGGCCAACAAUACUCUUUCAACCCCUUUGGAUGCUUGAACCACUGGCCUCCUGUGACUGAAUUUCCGCUGCGGAUCAUUUUCCAGCCCAAUGCUUCGAAGGCAGCGUCUGCAGAGAGCGCAUCAGUGAACACGCGCUCAAUUGAGGAGAUUCAAAGCGGGAUCAAAAUGAGGCUCUUGCCAUUAUUGGAUUCUGCCAGCUAUCCGAAGCUUCCUGAACCCAUGAGCCGAGAAACAAGAUUGGCAAAGGCUGGCUUGCCGCCACCUUUCCAAGAGCAAGACCCGAAGGAGCCACCCACACCGCCAGCUGGAGAGCCAGCAGCUUCUCAAACUGCCAAUCCGACAGUCCAGGAAAGUCCAAACACGGGCAAUCAUUCUGCUGAGGCUGCUGAGAUUGGUGUUGGCAAGCCUGCUUCGCCUUUCGCAAAUGAAGACAGCCAAGUUCCUUUUGAACUAGACGUGCGCCCAGUGAUUGAUCUGGACGCAGAGGAUGGUGAGAAGCCUGAACCUGAGAAGGCUCAGACAACUGAUGGUGAGAAGCCUGAGGAACCUGAGAAGGCUCAGACAAAUGAUGGUGAGAAGCCUAAGGAACCUGAGAAG